AUGGUGCCGUCCCGGAUCCGCUUCGCCCGCCAAAUCCCCAUCCCCUGCUGCUCUGACACCGAGGAGGAGGAGGAGGAGGAGGAGGAAGGGGAAGAGGAGGAGGAGGAGCCAUACGAGGGGGAGGAAGAGGUGCCGGUCGCGUCGCCGCUGAUACUGCCGGCGGCGAGGGGAGGGGUUUCCGUGGUGGAUAUGGUGGCGGCGGCGCUGCGGAGGUCGCUGCUGCUGUGCAGCAGCGUGCGCGCCGAGGAAGGCGCCGGCACCGCGGCUGCGGGGAUGCAGAUAGGGCAGCCCACGGAGGUGCGCCACGUCUCGCACGUCACCUUCGACCGCUUCGUCGGCUUCCUCGGCCUCCCGGCCGACCUCGAGCCCGAGGUGCCGCGCCCCGCGCCCAGCGCCAGUGUAAGUGUAUUUGGAGUUUCACCAACGUCCAUGCAAUGCUCGUUUGAUAAAAGAGGAAACAGUGUACCAACAAUACUAUUGACCAUGCAAAGGAAGCUCUAUUUACUUGGGGGCCUUCAGGCUGAAGGGAUCUUCAGAAUAAAUGCUGACAAUAGACAGGAACAGCAUGUCAGGGAGCAACUAGAUAGAGGUGUUGUUCCAGACGGAGUUGACUUGCAUUGUCUUGCAGGCCUUAUAAAGGCAUGGUUCCGAGAACUUCCAAGUGGAGUAUUAGACUCGUUGACUCCAGAACAAGUGAUGCAUUGCAACACUGAAGAAGAGUGUUCUCGUGUUGCGAGUAUUGUUCCUCCAGUGGAAGCAGCAUUACUGGAUUGGGCCAUUAAUCUGAUGGCAGAUGUUGUGGAGCAUGAAAACUACAACAAGAUGAAUGCUCGCAACGUUGCUAUGGUUUUCGCGCCAAACAUGACCCAGAUGGCCGAUCCCUUAACUGCUUUGAUACAUGCAGUUCAAGUGAUGAAUUUUUUGAAGACAUUGAUCCUGAAGACUGUCAAAGAAAGGGAGGAGGCAGCUGCCGCAACAAGGGAAUUCACGUCCAGCUCUGGUUCCCCGAGUGACAGAGAUGCACCUCAGGCAUUAAAUCAUAUGGAGAACCCCUUAAAUUGUUCGAGUCAGGAAAAUGUCGAACGCCCCAUGAUUAGUGGGGCUACUCUUGACCACUUUCUCUUCAGCGUAGAACAAGCGCUUCACCAAGACGCGCAAGCCAGUAUCGGAGAACCCAAGAAGUAUGACACCGGUACAGCCCAUGACAAAUACAAUGACAAAUUUUCUCCUGUGGACAGUGAUUUUAGUAGUAGCCAAGAUGACAGCAGUUCUGGAAAUAAAUUCAGUAAUGACAAUGUGGAAGGUUUGUUUGACAGAUUCAAAUUUAGGAAAGGGGUAGGCAGACUCUGCAGGCAUCCAGUGUUUCAGUUGAGUAGGUCCAUGAAGAAGUCCGAUGAAGCAGGACAAGCUUGUGCAUGA